AUGGUCAGUAUGCAGCUACUCACGGAUAAGGCACAUACCGACGCCGUAUGGGGCGUCGUAUGGACACAAUCUGACACCGUUUUGACCGCUUCAGCCGAUGGUUCGAUCAAGCAAUGGGACUCCGUCUCCGGCCAAGUCUCGCGCACACAACAUCCGCAUACACACGGCAUCGUCUCGCUCGAUGCUGACUCUUCGGGGAAAUACGCGCUGUACAACAGUCUAGAGGGGCUGACAUGUCUGUGGAAUCUUGAGACGGGGGAGACGGAGGGAAAAUACGAGAGCUACGUACGUAGUGCAGCGGAGGCGAGCGAGCCUGCUUGGUCCGUGUCGCUGAACCCCAAGGGCAGAACGUACGCUUCGACCGGCGGCUCCGGCAACGUGACCAUCCAUUCCGCUGAGCGCGACUCCUUUGGCGAGCGCCGCGCAACGCUGUCCAGCGGGCGCAGCAAGUUUGGCAUGUUCUGCAAACAUAGCCCAGACGGGAGCCGCGUAGCCAUGUCGUCGGAGACAGGCCAGAUCUACAUAUUUGACAUCGCAUCUGCAUCCCUCUCAUCCACAUACACCUCCCAUGCAAUGGCUGUCCGCUCCCUCGCAUGGUCUGCCGAUUCACAGCUCCUCAUAUCGGCGUCAGAAGACAAGCGGCUCAUACUACACGACGUGCGCGUCUCCCCGUCUGGCAAGCCCGGCUCAGGCGCGGUGGCCACAUUCGCGGGGCACACUUCGUGGGUUCUCAGCGCGGACAUCUCCCCAGACGGCCGACUCGCGCUUUCAGGGUCCGCCGACAAGACAAUGAAAGUAUGGGACCUGGCUGCGCGAGCGGCAGUCUCAACGAUCCCAGAUACGGGCGAGGUCUGGAGCGUGGCGUGGCGCCCACGACCGUCGCCCAACAACACUGCAGGUGCGUUCGUGAGCGGAGGGGAGGAUGGCAUCGCACGGUGGUGGCGAGCUGCGGGAUCAGGCCCCGGAGUGUAAAUUCAUAGGCUAAAUUGACUGUCACGACGUUCGUG